UCCGAUGCCAAAUUUUUCACUCAUCCCUUUUGCAGCGCGAAUACGUUGUGGGAAAGUUGCUGCGGUCGAUUGUGCUGCUGUUGCUGCGGCUUUUGUAUAACAAAAUCUUUUUCUGUUCCAUCCAACUGCAAUAAGCAAAGCGUUUCUCUGUGAGCUGUUUGAGAACGUCGUCGCUGUCAUCGUCGUGGUGCGUUUUCCAUCGAAUACGAAAUUAUCGUAGUGGGCAGUGAAUGAAAAAAGAGUGCUUCAAUCAAAAAGUUCCGAGCCUUUUGGAGAAACCAUUACAAUCCGUAGGACGGCUGGUAGCGCAACAGAUCGAUCAAGACAUUACCACAAUUCCUAUGGGACCUAAGGAGAAACAUUUCCGCUACGAGAAAUUCGCUCACACUACGAUGGUAUGUUCCGAAAGCGAGGAAACACUGUGCAUCAUCAAGGACCCUCGCGUCGAGGCCCCGCAGAGGAAGUUCGCCGUUAAAGUACGAUCAUACUACACGGUCAAUAGGCUGUACGAAGAUGUAGCACUGCAAACAGUGUACCCGGACUUUGAACUUGUGAUUCCCUUCGACAAGAGCGGGUCCAACACUGACGGGCGAACUCUGCACGAUAAAAAACACAAGCUGCUCCCUGAUGCCGGUAUCAAGUUCGAUUCCAACAACACGCUAAUCAUAAUUCCCCGAGUCGAGGAUUAUUCAUCUACGAAUAUAUCAGUAGAAACGGAAAUGUGUUCGGAUGAUGAUCUGGCUCUAGGUGCAUCUGCCAGUCCCGUAGAGUUGGCCAACUACACUAUGCCUGAACCUCCACCACUACCAGCGCCUCUGUUUGACAGUUCGACACAGUUGGUGGAUGCACAGGGCGCCAGAUCGAAACGUUUGUACCGCUAUAAUGGAGAACAUUCGCAAUCCUCGGUGCACAACUAUCGUGGUUUAGUGAAUCAAGCGAUGACCUGCUAUCUGAACAGUCUUCUGCAAGCACUGUUCAUGACUCCCGAGUUCCGCAACGCCCUGUACAAAUGGGAGUUCGACGGUAAGGAUGAGGGCAAAUCGAUUCCAUACCAGCUGCAGAAACUAUUCAUUCACCUGCAAACUUCGCCGAAAUCAGCCGUGGAAACCACGGAUCUGACGCGUAGCUUUGGAUGGGACUCGGCAGAUGGAUGGCAGCAACAUGACAUUCAGGAGCUGUGUCGUGUCAUGUUCGAUGCCUUAGAGCAGAAGUUCAAAAAUACCAAACAAGCCGAUUUGAUCAAUCGUCUGUACGAAGGAAAAAUGAUUGAUUACGUCAAAUGUUUAGAAUGUAACACAGACAAACAACGGGAGGAUAAGUUCCUAGAUAUUCCACUCCCGGUACGACCUUUCGGAAGUAAUCUGUCCUACGCAAGCAUCGAAGAAGCGAUGAGAGCUUUUGUCACACCAGAAAUCCUAGACGGUAACAAUCAGUAUCACUGUGAAACUUGCAACAAAAAGUGCGAUGCCCAUAAAGGACUGAAGUUCACAAAGUUUCCAUAUAUUCUGACAUUACACCUUAAAAGGUUUGAUUUUGACUACCAAACUUUGCAUCGCAUCAAACUGAAUGAUAAAGUUACUUUCCCGCAGUCAUUGAACCUUAACAGUUUCAUCGACGGAAUGCCACCUGUCAUUGCUAACGAGAAAUUUUCGACGACAAACGGUAAUGACAUUGUUACGCCAAUGCAAAUGGAAACAGCGGAAAACUUUAUGAAGGCAUACGAUGAGUGCAGUACCAUCGACAGUGGGUCGGCUUUGGAGGAUGACUCGUGCUUUCAAAAUGGUACUUCGGUUUCAUCGACCACAACUACACCGAAUGACCAGGAUGACGAUGAAGGUAUCGACAUGGAGUUGAACGGUGAAAGUAAAUCCCCUUCGGUUAGCAAUUCCAACGCACCGGGACCGUACGUGUACGAACUGUUUGCUAUAAUGAUUCACUCUGGUAGUGCCUCCGGAGGACACUAUUAUGCGUAUAUCAAGGAUUUCCCAACAUGCAAAUGGUUCUCUUUCAAUGAUCAAACCGUAUCAUCGAUCUCACAUGAAGAUAUCCAGAAAUCGUUUGGGGGAAGUUCUUCCAAGACGUACUACUCCGGUGCGUACAGUUCCAGCACGAAUGCGUACAUGCUGAUGUACCGACAGAUUGAUUCGUCCAAAAACACGACUCCAAUGCAGGAAGACCAGUUUCCAGAUCACAUAAAGACACUGGUAUCCAAAAUACGCGACUCGGAGGCUAACCGUAGUAAGGCCGACACGGACUCGUUGCAAGUGAGAGUGUACUUCGAAAAUCCAAAAACACGAGCCAUGAAAACCUACAAAAUGUACCUGCUAACCAACAACACCUUGGCGGAAACGUUGGAAGAAGCAUACCGGGUGCUGAAAGUCAAAGGAAUUGUUCCGAUCGAACGCUGCCGUUUGGUGGCUUACGACAGGCAGAGCGAUGUAAUCGAAAAGAGCUUCGAAGGAAAAGAUGAAGAUCCGAUUGAAGAUAUCAUGAAACACCUGGUUCACAGCAGCGAACUAUUGCUGGAAACACGCGAGGAACAUGAAGUGUUCGAACCUUACUUGACUCCGGGUGGUAUAAUGACCAAGGUCUACAAAGUGGACUCAGACCUCCAGAACGUCACUGGACCGAUUUCGAUCCGUGCUAAUAAAAAACAAACGAUAAUGGAGUAUAAGAAGAUGAUUGGACGUAAAUUACAACUGAAUCCAAAUGACAUUACCCUGGCCGAGUAUAGAUAUAACGAAGGUCCGAGGUUGUUAGACGAUAAUGAAGCCACUCUGCAGGACUUCAUCCAGUAUUGUAAAGUGUUUGUACUAGACAGCAGCGCAGCAGAAUCGUAUGGAAAGGUGGUAAAUGCGCUGAAAGACCUUAUUAGCAUAUACUUCGUUUUGCCGAAUAUGGAUCCAAGUACCCUGAAGAGUUUAUCGAUUCCUCGAUUCAUUCCAAAACCACUGCCGAAGUCGACGACGACAGAUGGCUCAGGAAAUGUGAUCCACAAAGACGACGGUGAUGCUAAAUACUUGCUUUACAAAAAUCUCGAACGCUUUGACCAAGACACCGAAGAUGACGAUCGAUUGUGUGUCGAAUAUGAGAACUUGUGUUCUUUCUUCCAAGUAACUCCAGUUGAGUAUCGCAAUGCGAACGGGGACAAGGUUGAGGACGAAACCAACGGCAGCAGCAGCAUUAAUGAUAGCGAGAAAGUUAUCCAAGUUUUAAUUAACAAGCAAGCCGAACUUGGAUUUCUCAAGUAUAAGCUGCAGACGUAUUUAAAUGUGCCAAUGUAUUAUUUCAAGAUAUUCAAAGAUUCUAAGCAUGGCCAAAAUGAAAUAACGGCAUUGCGUGAAGACUUCCUGCAUGCAUCCAAUGAUGGCGAUCGGUUUUCCAUCGAACUUGGUCGCGUUCUGCGUAAGGGCGAAUACAAGGUCAGUGUUUACUAUUUCAAUGUGAACGAUCUCGUCGAUGACACGGAAAAGUUGCCAUUCAUGUGCAACUGGAUCGUUCGAGACAGGCAGUUGGUGGGAGAAGUUAAGUGUGAUAUUCUAGCUCACCUGGCAGCCCAAGAUGAGAAAUACCGCAGUUUGUCACCUAAUCGUUGCCGGUUGCGCAGGAAGGGUUGGAAAAGCAUUUCCAAAGUGUACACAGAUAAUUACAUCAUAGGGGACGAUGUGAGGUUGACCUCCAACAGCGAUAUGAUUCUGCAAGAAGUUGAUGACCCCACUAGUUGUACACCAACCAGUGAGAACGAUGCCGUGGUUCUUGUUCGAAGAUGGAAUCCAUCCGAAAUGAAAUUGGGCAAAUUUCAAGAAGUUUUAUUACCAGGUGAUUGUGAUCUUAAAUCUGUACUUUCUAACAUAAGUGGAAUACCAGAGGAAAACCUAGAAUAUACCAAACUGGAGCUUCGAGACUCCUUAUCCGUCCUACAGAUUCACAACCUCCGAUCUUGGACGUCGGCACCUGUCCGCACCAACGACUGCUCUGAAAAUAUGUUCCAGGAUGGUACUCUAUUCUAUUGCAGAGAUAAAACGGAAGCACUGAUGGAGCUAACGGCGGAAGAGCGUAAGGAGCUCACCAAAAAGGAUAUCCACAGCAGUGCUACAAACUCACCCCGGCGAGAACGGGCGUUGAAGAUUCAUGUGGAUGCCUCACCGAAGAAGGUUGACGACUGAUUACAGUUGACGGAGUGCAGCGAUGCUAAGCGGCGCAAGUGUUGCAUAUAAUUUGCGAGCAGGACCCGGAUGGACCGUAGGAUGGGCGUUUAUAGCGUUCCAGGCUGCAAACGCAUGGAUCGGUGUGUCUGUUCCGAUAUGUACAGGAUAAGUCAAUUGUGGUAACUAGGAUUAAAUUUGUCUAACACAAGAAGAUUGUACUUCCACGCUGUGUAAAUGAACGAAGCAGUUUCUUGUAUUGAUGGGCAUUUGUUCUAUUUUCCUUUUUGUUAUCAUUGUUUAAGAAACAAAAAAGCUUUCAUCGGUGCUUUCAUAACUAGGCGAACUCACUUAGUUUUUGAUUUUGUUAGAUACGCCAAUGAAACACCGGUCGAAAUCAGAAACGUCGAACAUUUGCUGUAGAGAUAACCAAUAGUUAAGUUCACACUUUGUCCAGUCAAUUCUUAUUCAUAUUAUAUUAUUUUUAAUGAUUACUAUACUGUAUUGUUUCACCAAUUCAUAUCAAGCUCAUGGUUUCUGCAAGAUUUGCAAUCAAAAAGUCAUAUUCAUACACGUGUUUCUCACCUGUGAUGGAUCGUUUUGUAAUUUAUGUGACUGUAUUACACGCUAACUUAUAACAUGCUCAUACUGUACGCUGGUUCUGCCUUUCUUCUGUUGAAUCAUUUUUAUCAGUGAAAUCACUGGACUACGAGAGCAUUGGAGGCAAAUAUGAGAAUAAAUCUAUUUCUUGCUCUGUA